AAUAUGGCCACCAAUACUACUAGUGCUCAGCAGCGACAUCGCUCUGCUUUACAACAAUAUUUGCGAUCACACACUAAUGUAAAACCCAUUAAAAAACCACCAGAGUAUUCUAGACCAGAAUCUUCUAGUACUACCCAAAGUCAUGGGCAAGUUGAAAAAAUAUCUGCCAACAGUAACAAUUUACCUUCAAAAAACACACCAAAGUUAUCAUCCAGUUUAAAAGGGAAAAGUACAAAAGUCAGGUUGACCUUGCCUCACAUCCCAAGAGGUGGGGGAGUGAGAACAAAAGCUUCAUUUGAAAGUCUUCCAGAUGAAAUAAUUGCCCAGAUUUUUUGGAAACUUCAAGUCAGUGACCUAAUCAGUGCUGCCCAAGUUUGUAAGAGAUGGUACAAAGUUGCAGGAGACAAUUUGCUAUGGAAACACUACUAUGCCAGAUUUGUUGGACCAACCAGCAAAGAAAAAGAAGAUAAAAUGGCAAUACAAGAACUUGACUCGUCAUGCUGGAAAAAUCUGUGCCUUAAAAGGUGUAAAAUAAAAAGAGAUAACAUUUACCUGAAGAAAUGGAAUAAGCCAGACACCUACACUGGUCUCCGACAGAGACCUGAGCUUACUUUAGGUAAAGUCGGGGUCCAGUUUGAGCUGAGUAUCUUAGACACAUCAGGCUUGACCAGGUCCAUCAAGCAGAACGAGAUCUUCUGGCAAACGACGUCCACCAGUAUCAGGUGGUAUGACCUGACCUUCCCUGACUUGAAUGAAAUCCGAGGGGUCAAAGUUCACGCCUGCUCCCCUCUGAUGUUCUAUGGGCCGUCAAAACCUGCAAAAGAUGGAAUAGUACAGAAAUCGUUACUGCUGGAAUACAGAGGCAAUCUGAGAAAAACUCUCAAUGAGAUGAAGCCUUUAGGCUCAGAUUCACACAUCAAGUUGUUUGAGCUGUUGAAAGGUCUGAUCAUUGGGAUUUAUCAGGCUGAUGGGGAGAUAGCAUUUCUAACUGCUUCACUACACUACUACAGACUCAUCUCUAAAUGCCUUUGUGGGGCUCCAGACAGAGUUUGGACACCUCAAGAAUCUGAAGGGAUCAUGGAUGACAUUGAUCCUCAUUAUGGUCUCCAUGGUUACACAUGUGUUCUACAGGUCAGGAAUAUGAGACAGAAGCUCCUAGACUGCAAGUUUACACACCUACACACAACUAAACAGAUGUUGGAGAAUGGCUUUGCUUCGUUCAAUCCAGUCCAUAAGGAUGAUAAAAUGUCUCAUGUAGCAUGCAUCAAAGAUAUUGCUUUACCAUGGAAAACAAAUUUAUUCAAAGGCAUUAUCAAGGAUGUUGGGAUUUUAGACAUAACAUUACUGGAUGAAAGGGGCGAGCCUUUUUGGACUGUAGCGUCUGCUGUCUCAGUUGAGCAGACUUCUCAGACAAACCAGUUUGAGUUUGACAGAGAUAAUUACAAAAUAAUUCAAUACAGUGAUGAGAUUGGAAAAAUAGUUUUGGAGUUUGGCAAGUUGGAUGACGGCAGCCAGUAUUUGAGCUCUGCAGUUAUCUCCCUGUCUGUCAAUGCAAUAAACAAGACAUUCUGCACCAGUUACUAAAGGAAGACACUUAUACCUUACAGCUAUGCAACUAUUUGCUUGUCUAUCAUAGCUGUAAACAAAACCUGCAAACGCUCUGGAAUUAUACAGACAUUGCCUCUAGUCCUCUGAAGAUCAUGUGCUUUCAACUUGUGUUUAA